GUACCUUUCCCCGUCAGCAACAUUGCCUUACUGUCGCCUUAGCCUGAAUGACGUUCUCCUUCUUUACAUCUCAAGGAGUUAACUCGUCGAUUCUUAGACGUGUAUCUUUACUCUCUAUUGUUCUCUGAACUUCUAUUAUAAACUCUACCUCUUUGUCAAGACAUCGCAUAUCUUCUUCUCCUUCCAAACUCGCCAUCUCAUCUUGCCUGUCUGCGUCUGGCAUUCGUAGAUCCCACCUGCCUGGUAUCCCAAUACUAUGGCCACUCCAAAGUUCAACUCCAAGUCACCAACAAUAAGACGCAUACUGAAAGAAGCCGCCGAGAUCUCCAAUUCCCCAUCGCCGGACUACACUGCAACUCCGUUGGAGUCAGAUCUAUUUGAGUGGCACUUUACCUUUCGUGGGGUUCCCAAUUCCUCCUACGCCGACGGCAUCUACCACGGUCGCAUCAUCCUACCUCCCACCUACCCCCUCCGCCCGCCCAGCUUCCGCUUCUCCACCCCGAGCGGUCGGUUCGAAGUCAACCGCGAAAUAUGUCUCAGUAUCAGCGGCCAUCAUGAAGAGACCUGGCAGCCGGCAUGGGGUGUCCGAACGGCCCUCGUCGCCCUCCGCACCUUCAUGGAGACCGAUCCAAGUGGUCAGCUAGGUGGCCUCGAAACGUCUGACGCCGUGCGGAGACGUCACGCCACCGCCUCGCGGAACUUCAAAUGCACGACAUGCGGCAAGACGAACCUUGAAAUCAUCCAAGAAUGCGAGGAGGCCGCUAAGGCUCUUGCCGAAUCUUCCGAAGCUCCUGCGACAGGCGAGAAGGUGGAGGUACCGGCUGAACUGAAGAUGGGUUGGACGGACCAGCUGGGGCAGAACUCCGAGAAAGCGCCGGAUGGGAACGCGACGGCACAGCCGUCGUCGUCGUCGUCGUCGUCUAAGGAGGCCGCAGAGGAUACAGAGACCGCCGAGCUGGCCGAAGGAUUCGUGUCCACCGGUAACGCACCCGCGGCCCCGAUCCCAGAUUCGGCUCCGGUUCCCGCCGCCCAACCAGCACAGGAAGUCCCGGCUCCGACUCCGACUGUACCUAUGCCGGUAGCACCGAAUACUCACCCGGCUCCUCCAGUCCAGAGACCCGCGACAGAGGCUGUCCCUGUGUGGGUUGACCGCCUUAUAGUCAUCCUCGUGGUCCUGCUUGCAGCGUUAAUCGCCCGGCUGCUGAUGCACGAGUAG